CUCCGCAGUAAUGCACGUUCGCCCGGGACUUUGCGAAGCGCUCACGUCCCAGCAGAGUUCCCGACAGCUCCCGCGGAGCCGAGGCUAGAGGGGUGUUGGAUGAGGCAGGCGGACUGCGGGCGGAGGAAUCCAGAGAUCGACCCGGGGCUCAGGCUCGGCUCCGAACGUGGACAACCAUGCAUGUGCUCCUCUGGGGUCUGGGCUUCCUGACCGUGGCGGCAUCUGCGGGGAGCAGCUCAGCCACGGAGGAGGUCGGCGCCUAUGAGGUGGUGACACCGGUGCGAGUGAAUGAAGCCGGUGACCAGGUUCCCACCAGCGUCCACUUCAAGAGGAAGCGACGGAGUUUGGACAAUAUCACGGAGCACUGGGCCUCGCCGCAUAUUCACUACAGAAUAUCCGCCUUCGGGCAGAACUAUCACCUCAACCUGACGCUGGACUCGGGAUUUAUCGCCCCCGUCUACACUGUGACAGUACUUGGAGUACCCGGAGGAGAAAACAUAACGGGCUUGUCGGCCGAGCGAGAGCCGCAGGAGGAGGAGGAGGAGGAGGAGGAGGACACGGAGCUGAGGCACUGCUUCUACAGGGGACAUGUCAAUGCAGGAGAGGAGCACGCGGCGGUCAUCAGCCUGUGCUCCGGACUGCUUGGGACUUUCAGGUCACCUGAAGGGGAGUAUUUCGUGGAGCCCCUUCACAGCUAUAAAGGGGAGGAUUAUGAAGAGGAACACACAAAACCUCAUAUCGUGUACAGGAAAAGUGCGCCCAGGGCACCGUCGUCCGGCGACCACGCGGCCUGCGACACUUCAGGACACAAACACAUACAAAAGAGGCACAAGUUGAAAAGAAGGCCGCCAGCAGGGGCGGCCAGCGUGUCCAGCGUGGCCCCCGCCAGCAUAGCCAGCGAUGUGGAGUCGCUGAGUGCUCGUCUGAUCACUGAGGCAUCGGUCAGAUCUGAGAGCGGCGGGGCCGGCACUAGACCCUCAAAUGAUAGCAGGAGUGACUCAGGACCUCACAGGAGAUCAAAGCGCUUCCUCUCCUACCCGCGCUUUGUUGAAGUCAUGCUGGUGGCCGACAGCAAAAUGGUGGAACAUCACGGCAGCAAUCUGCAGCACUACAUCCUCACGCUCAUGUCCAUAGUUUCUUCCAUCUACAAGGAUCCUAGCAUCGGCAACCUCAUCAACAUCGUCAUCGUGAAGUUGGUGAUAAUUAACAAUGAGCUGGAGGGGCCCAUCAUUUCAUUCAACGCACAGACCACUUUAAAGAACUUUUGCAUUUGGCAGCAGAGUCAGAACGUCCUGGACGACAACCAUCACUCGCACCAUGACACAGCCAUCCUCAUCACCAGGCAGGACAUCUGCAGAGCGAGAGACAAGUGUGACACUUUGGGUUUGGCAGAACUCGGCACCGUUUGUGAUCCGUACCGAAGCUGCAGCAUCAGCGAGGACAAUGGACUCAGCACCGCCUUCACCAUCGCCCACGAACUUGGCCACGUGUUCAACAUGCCCCACGACGACAGCAACAAGUGUAAAGAAGACGGAGUGAAGGUCCAGCAGCACGUCAUGGCUCCCACGCUCAACUAUAACACAAACCCCUGGAUGUGGUCCAAGUGUAGCAGGAAGUACAUCACAGAGUUCCUCGACACAGGAUAUGGUGAGUGCUUGCUUGACGAACCCGUUUCUAGGCCGUACAGUCUCCCGCAGCAGCUGCCAGGACGGAUAUACAAUGUCAAUAAACAAUGUGAAUUGAUAUUCGGGCCUGGAACUCAGGUGUGCCCAUAUAUGACCCAGUGCAGACGGCUGUGGUGCACCAGUCCGGAGGGUGCACAGCGAGGGUGCCGGACUCAGCACAUGCCCUGGGCAGAUGGCACUGAGUGCUCACCUGGAAAGCACUGCAAACACGGCCUGUGUAUCGCCAAAGAGCACGAUGCCUCACCUGUGGAGGGAGCGUGGGGCGUGUGGAGCCCCUUCGGCACCUGCUCUCGGACGUGCGGCGGUGGGAUCAAGAUUGCUGCUCGCGAAUGCAACCGACCCUUGCCCAGAAAUGGAGGGCUGUACUGUGUGGGUCGCCGAAUGAAAUUUCGCUCCUGCAACUCUGAGCCCUGCUCCAAGCAGAAGAAGGACUUUCGGGAGGAGCAGUGCGCUGCUUUUGACGGCAGGCACUUCAACAUCAACGGUCUACCUCCUAAUGUUCGCUGGGUGCCCAAGUACAGCGGAAUCCUGAUGAAGGACCGGUGCAAACUGUUCUGCAGGGUCGCUGGCAGCACAGCCUACUAUCAGCUCAGGGACCGGGUCAUCGACGGCACACCGUGCGGACCUGACACCAAUGACAUCUGUGUCCAGGGCCUGUGCAGGCAAGCCGGAUGUGACCACGUAUUAAACUCCAAAGCCAGGAGGGACAAAUGUGGCGUGUGUGGCGGCGACAAUUCCUCCUGUAAAACUGUCGCGGGUACCUUCAACAUUGUGCGCUACGGCUAUAAUGAAGUCGUGCGGAUACCAAACGGUGCUACAAACAUCGAUGUGCGUCAACACAGCUACUCAGGGAAACCAGAAGAUGACAACUACCUUGCCAUUUCCAACGGCCGCGGCGAGUUUCUGCUCAACGGAGAGUUCGUGGUCAGCAUGUUCAAAAGGGAAAUCAAAGUCGGAAAUGCCGUCAUCGAGUACAGCGGCUCAGACCAUGUGAUCGAGAGGAUCAACUGCACCGAGCGCAUCGAAGAGGAGAUCAUCGUCCAGGUGCUGUCAGUUGGGAACCUUUACAACCCAGAUGUCAGGUACUCCUUCAACAUCCCCAUCGAAGACAAACCACAGCAGUUCUUCUGGGAUGCCUAUGGGCCCUGGCAGGAGUGCAGCCGGCUGUGCCAAGGGGAGCGCAAGAGGAAGAUUCUGUGCAGCAGAGAGUCGGACCGCGCUGUGGUUUCGGACCAGAGGUGUCACGGUGCAGCCAGACCUGCUGUCAUCACGGAGCCCUGUAACCAGGAAUGUGAACUCAGGUGGCAUGUUGCUAGAAAGAGCGAGUGCACGGCCCAGUGUGGGCUCGGCUACCGCACGCUGGAAAUAUUCUGCGCCAAAAUCAGCCACUCAGAUGGGAAAACACUGAAGGUUGAUGACCGCUACUGCGGCGGUCAGCACAAGCCUGUUGACAAGGAGGGUUGCCAUGGAGACUGCAACCUAGGAGGAUGGGAGUACUCGUCCUGGUCCGAGUGUUCCAAAAGUUGUGGUGGCGGCACUCGGCGGCGAGGCGCGGUGUGCCGGAAAGCAGCAGAGGUCAGCAGCGACGAGAGCAAAUGCAGUCAGAGGGAUAAACUGACCGUCCAACCCUGCAACGAGUUCCUCUGUCCACAGUGGAAGACUGGCGACUGGUCCGAGUGUCUUGUGACGUGUGGCAAAGGUUACAAGCACCGCCAGACCUGGUGCCAGUUCGGUGAAGAGCGUCUCGAUGACCACUUCUGUGGGUCCUCCAAACCGGAGUCGGUGCAGAGCUGUCAGCAGCAAGAGUGUGCCUCCUGGCAGGUCGGACCCUGGGGACAAUGCACUACCUCGUGUGGACCAGGCUACCAGAUGCGAGCGGUGAAGUGUGUGGUCGGGUCUUAUGGUGCUGUCAUGGAAGACACUGAAUGUAACGCUGCCACCCGACCCACCGAUACUCAGGACUGUGAGCUGGCCCAGUGUCCCAGCAGCCAUCCUGUCCCCCCAGGGACCAAAGUCCCCUCCCAACAGGCCCUGAAAACCCAGUGGCGGUUUGGCUCCUGGACGCAGUGCAGCGCCAGCUGUGGCAAAGGCACACGGAUGCGCUACGUGAGUUGUCGCGAUAACCAGGGCGGAGUGGCUGAGGAGACGGCGUGCGCACACCUCAGUAAACCCGCUGCCAGAGAGGUCUGCUCUGUGGUGGCCUGCGGACAGUGGAAGGUUCUGGAGUGGACGGCGUGCUCGGUGACCUGCGGUCAGGGGAAGACCACCCGUCAGGUCAUCUGCGUCAGCUACAGCGAUCAGGAGAUGAACGCCAGCGAGUGCGAUGCGGACGACCGUCCGGCCUCGGAGCAGGCCUGCGCCAUGUCUCAGUGCGUGUCCCGCCCGCCGCCCAUCGCCGACAGGAACAUUAUUCCUCAAAGCCAAUCCCACCAGUGGCGCACCGGACCCUGGGGCGCGUGCUCCAGCACGUGUGCCGGCGGGUUCCAGCGCCGCGUGGUUGUGUGCCAGGACGAGAACGGCUACCCUGCCAACAGUUGUGAGGAUCCCAGCCGGCCCAGCGAGCAGCGGUCCUGUGAGUCAGGCCCAUGUCCACAGUGGAUCUACGGCAACUGGGGCGAGUGCACCAAACCCUGCGGCGGCGGCAUCAAGACCCGGCUGGUGGUGUGCCAGCGUCCGAACGGCGAGCGCUUCAACGAUCUGAGCUGCGAGAUCCACGACAAGCCACCGGAUCGCGAGCAGUGCAAUACUCAGCCGUGCUCGUCGAGCCCGCACUGGAGCGCUGACCCAUGGAGCUCGUGCUCGGCCUCCUGCGGACGAGGCUUCAAGUCCCGUAAAGUGAGCUGCGUGAGCGGGUCGGGCCGAGCCGUCCCGGACCACAGCUGCCAGUCCCCCAAACCCAGCAAGCAGAGGCGCUGCCGAGGUAGCCGGUGCCCCAGGUGGAGCACUGGAGACUGGGGAGAGUGCUCAGCCUCCUGUGGCGACGGCGUCCAGCAGCGGGACGUGUCCUGUCAGACUGCCGACCGUCGCGGUGCACCCGAGUCCAGCUGCUCUCUGCGGUCCCGCCCCGCGUCCAGCCAGAGCUGCCGGGUGGCCGAGUGCUCCUCCCGGUACCGAUGGAGGGAGGGGGAGUGGCAGGAGUGCAGUAAGUCGUGUGGCUCGGGCCACAGGAGACGGGCCCUGCAGUGCGAGGACUACAACCAGCAGGACGUCCACGACAUGUACUGCGUGAACCAGAUUCGCCCUCCGGAUGUGGAGAGCUGCAACACUCAAGCUUGUGAAUUCAUCUGGAUCACCGGGGAGUGGACGGAGUGCUCCUCCAGCUGUGGUCCGGGCUACCGCCAGCGCCUGGUCUCCUGCAGCGAGGUGCACGUGGAGAAUGACAACUAUGAGUACGGCCCUCAGUCGUUGUCCAACUGUCCCGGGACACCACCGGAGAGCUUCGCGCCCUGUAAUCUGGGGCCCUGCCCCUCGCUGCUGGAGUGGAGGGUCGGAACCUGGGGGCCGUGUUCGGCGAGCUGUGGUGACGGCCUGAUGGAGAGGACAGUCCAGUGUCUGUCAGAGGACGGUCAGGAGAGCAGCAGUUGUCCCCUGGAGGCCACACCAGAAGCCAGGAGAGUCUGCAGGAGCCCCACAUGCCACCUGCCGUCCAGCUGUCAGGACGUCCGCAGCCUGAACGGUCCCCUGCCAGACGGGGAACACUUGCUGAACAUCCGAGGCAAAGCUCUGAAGGUGUACUGCGCAGGACUGCGUACGGAGAGUCCGCAGGAGUACAUGACCUUGACCAGCGGGGAAGCAGAGAACUUCUCUGAGAUCUUUGGCUUCAGGCUCAACGACCCAACGCAGUGUCCCCACAACGGCACCAGGAAGGAGGACUGCGACUGUCGGAGGGACUACAGCGCCGCCGGGCUCACCACCUUCUCCAAAGUUCGCCUGGACCUUGUCAAGAUGAACAUCAUCACGACAGACUGGCAGUUUGCUUUCACCCCGGAAGGGAAGAGGGUUCCUUUUGCCACAGCUGGAGACUGUUACAGCGCCACCAGAUGUCCACAGGGCCGAUUCCGGAUCAACCUUUUGGGAACGGGACUGCGAGUGGCUGAAGACACGUCGUGGGUCUCGCAGGGCAACUUUGCAGUGGCUGAGGUUCAGAAGUCAGAGGGGGGCAGCAUCGUAGCAGGCUCGUGUGGGGGGUACUGUGGGAAAUGUUCUCCUUCGUCUGGAUCCACUCUGCACGUGGCCGUGGAGUGACUCAGCCUCCCUCAGACGGCCAGUUCAGCAGUCUGAAUGUGUGUCUUCCUCGUCCUCCAGACGGUCUUCCUCCUCCUCCUCAUCCGUUGGUGCUACAGACAACACGAAGCUCAUCCGCUGCACAACCUCUGUGUGUAUAGUGUAAAUGAAACUGGUGUAAUUACUGUACAGAGCAGCAUCUUAUUUAUUUACUCUGCAUUCUUACGUUGUAUUAUACUUCAGUUCUAGUGGUGCAUUGCUGAAGUGACGUUUCGCUUUGGAAGUCUGUCAGACUCACUGCAGCAGUUCAUCCUGGUGAUCUUAGUUUGAGGCGUCUCCACGUUUCAGCCGUGAAACUCUUGGGGAGGAUAUUUAGAAUUCCAGCUACAGAUGGGUGUUAAGCCUCCCAAACAGCUGGCUCUGCCGCGCAGAUGUGACUCGCAGGUGGAGACGCGAGGAUAAAGGCUUGUGUGGAAGAUGGAAACGGCAGUAAAAGAUUUCAUUGCCAGGUGCUGAGUGGCCGAGUGCGAGCUGUAAUUUGGGAUUGAAAUGUAAAUAUCAGGACCAGUAAGUUGGUCACCAGGUGCAGAAAUAACAAGUACAGUUUGCUUCACAUUCCUCUCUGACCUCUCACCUAGAUCUCACGUGACUUUCAGGGUGAUAAUUCUGAACCUGAACCACGGAGCAAAACCAAUAUUUACGGACUCACACUGCAAAAUGCAGGCUCAAGUCUGAUGCUGCAAAAAUAACUCUGGGUCUAAACAAGUCCUGAUAUAAGAACCCCAUUCAUAUGUCACAAACUUUUUGUUUUGACUUUUUUUAUUUAUACCAACUGUCCAAUUACUUCUAAUUUUUGAAGUCUGGAAUAAAAUCUUUCUUUAAAUUAUACAAAAAAAAUAAGUAAUUUUUUUUUGUUCUUCCCAAUGAAACCAAAUGUGAAAACAUUUUUUUUACUGAGCAAACUUGAUUUUAUUUUAGUUUGGAAAGGCGUACAAUGAGAUUGAGCCGAUAAUACUGGCAUAUAUUUUGGGGUGUAAAGGUCAUUGAACUCGUACAACUCAUAUAACUUUACUUAUAAUAUGAUCGAAUAAUGAGUUUCACAGGAAUUUGCAGUCUCAGCAGGACGGCUUCAAAUAGGCCUGUGUGCAAAUGUUGUGUGCAGAAAUUCAGGUCUGACUCUGCCUCACUUGGCCUCUCCUUAAACACUGUCAAGUCAAGAUAUGUACGUGCAUUAAAAAUAUAUUGUUUUGGUCAGCUGUAAAUUGCUAUUGAAGCAAACCGUCUGGAUUUGAUCCGCGGGCCUUCAGAGUUUCUGCCGUCAAAAAACGUGGAGACGCCUCCCAGAAGUCACCCCCUCCCUCUCCUCACUGGUCCUCGUGUGACAUAUCAGGGUACUAGUUUGUGUUCUAUUGUGUGCGUAGCAUGUGUGUACGUUCCAGAGGAAGCUCCUCUUUUCCUGCCGACACAGUGAGAAGCCAUAACCUGCUUCAGCACUUUGUUGUUCUUUGUUGAAGACAAAAAAAAAAAAGGGAAACAUUUGGUCACCUGCCGUGCCGCUCCGUCAACACGAGGAGGGAAGCUCUUGUGCACUUCACAUCUUGAAUGUCAACAGUCAACACGGGGUCUCACUUCGUACGAAGCUGCGCUUCAAAAAGGAGGUGGAAGCGGCGAACACUGAGGUCAAAGGUGUGAAGGAGCCAUGGAAGAGUGGGUGAUCUUUGAAGCCAUGCAGCACAGAAGGAGUACUCACCCAGUUAGGACUCACACCACUCACAUCUCACACAUCAUCUCACAGGAAAAUACUGUUUUUAUCUCUUAAAAAAAAACAACAAUUUGUGCAUUAUGCAAACAGAGCAUCUAUUGACCCAGAAACAUAGCAGUAAUAUAGAUAACAGAACAGAAAUGUUUUGUGAAAGAAUGUUGCCUAAGAAUGUAUUGUGAGGACCACCUGGGAGGGUUGAACGCCCUGGUGAAGAGCUGGAGGAGGAUUCUGCCAAGUCUGGGCCUCUGUACUUUGGCCAAGUGAUGAUUCACGCUCACAUCAACAUGGCUCCUUCAUACAUUGGACAACCAGUGCAAUAUUUGAUUUCUAAGUCCUGAUGAACAAAUAUGAAGAACUGCGACCAAACUUUUUGAGGCGACUUCGGGAUCGAAGUGUACCCCACUCAACUCUCAGGUGUCAUUAAUGAAGGGAUGUUGUGAUAUUUAAGUGUAUUUAUCCAUUUUUACGCAUUUUCUACGUGUUUUUUUAUCAGAUAAAUGAAAUUGUAUCAUGAUAUAUUAUUGAUUUUAUACAUGAAUAUUUAUUUUUGUGAGUGAAAGCAGCAACUUCCUGAUGGUGAAGACAUGAAUCGUUUCUUUAACUGACUCAUCAUGUUGGUGUAUUCUGGUGCUGUCGUCAAAUAUCUGA